AUGACUAAUGUGCCAGGUGACAGGUCUCAGCUUCUUCUAGUUCUGUUUAUUGCAAUGUUUUAUCUUUGUCUUCUUCUUCCAGAGAACUACACAACAGCUGAUGAGUUGAUGAUGUGCAAAAAGAGUGAGAGACAAGCGCUUCUCCAAUUUAAGCAAAGCCUUCAAGCUGUAGAUAAGUCGGUCAAUAGCAGCCUCUCUUCAUGGGACAACAAGGAUUGUUGUGAAUGGAUGGGUUUGGGGCGCAACAAGCUCACAGGCUAUGUGGAAAGGAUUGAACUUCAUGGCUAUCACUGCCUUGUAGCAGGUACAAUUAGUCCUUCAUUGCUUAAGUUGCAACAUUUGAGUUACUUAGAUCUCAGCUACAAUGAUUUUAAUGGAAGUCUCAUCCCCGAGUUCAUUGGUUCUUUAAAAAAUCCGACAUACCUGGAUCUCUCUUUUGCUCUUUUAGAGGACCAAUUCCUUCUCAGCUUGGAAACCUUUGAUGUUGGAGACUCUUUUUCUGGGUGUCAACCAGCUUCCUUUACAAAUCCGUACCUGAGCGAUUGUGAUCUUCCAAGUGUCUCUUCUUCAUCUCUAAUUUCCCUUAUCAACUCUUCUACAUUUCUCACCACACUUCAUCUGUCUGGAAACAAUCUCACUUCUUCUGCAAUAUGCCCAUGGUUGUUUAAUGUUAGCAGCAAACUUAAGGUCCUUGAUCUGUCAAUGAACCAGUUGAAAGGUCCAAUUCUAGAAUCCAAUUUUGGGAACAUGGUUUCUCUGAAAUAUCUUUAUCUGAGAGACAAUCAGCAUGAAAGUGGGAUAAAUGGUUCUGUACUGAGUGAAAUCGCAAAAUUAUCAUCCUUAAGAGCACUAGAUCUUGGGUACAACCAUUUAAAUGGAACCAUAAGCGAAAGCAUUGGACAAUUGUCAAAGCUGUUGCUUUUACGGCUUGCUGGGUAUUCUUUUGAUAAUGUUGUCAUCUCCGUAGUUCAUUUCUCAAAUCUCACCAGGGCCUCGUUUCCCAGAAUGGUUACAGGUCAAAUUCAUCUCAGAGCCCUUGAUAUCUCCGCUGCGGAAAUUUCGGAUUCUCUCUCCUAUUGGUUUUGGGACUCAUUGAAAAGUUUACAACACUUAAACCUCUCUUUCAAUCAGAUCAACGCUUUGAAUUUGGAAGACAAUAAUUUAUUAGGCCAAAUUCCAUUCUCUUUGGGAUAUCUGGCUUCUCUUGAAAUGCUCAGUUUACGUGGUAAUAGAUUCUUGGGAGAAUUACCUUCAUCUUUACAGAAUUGGAAAAUUGCAACAGAAUCUCAGCUACAACUCUUUGAACCUUCAGCAUUCUCACGUAAUCAUGGGCUUUGUGGUCCCUCAGUUACACCAAAUUGCUCAGCUUUAGUGGAACCACCUCAAGGUCAACCAAGAAGAAUUGAAGAAGAUUUUGAGGAAUUCAGAAAACGGUUUUAUAUUGGCAUGGGACUUGGAUUUGUUGUGAGUUUUUGGCGAUUUUGCAGUGCUGUGUUAUUCAAACGUCCUUGGAGGCAUUCCUAUUUUCUUUUCAUGGAUAAUGUCAUGGCUUGGUUCUAUGUUUCAUCUGUUCUGCUGAAAUCAAGUUGGAGAGGAGAAUUCAAACCUAAAAGGUAUGUUUUGGAACAGCAGGUGAAGUUAAUUUUUCAUGUUUGUGAGGAACUCAAGUAA